GUGUGUUUAUGUGUGCAUGCUGAGAGACCUAGUGACGGAUGGUGAGCUUAUAAAUCCUCAUUUUUAUUAUCACAUAUAUUUUAAGACAACAUGGAUACAUUUUAUUCAUUAGCAACAGAUUAUGUUGGGUGUAUGUGAACCUGCAGGUGAAAAUAAAGAGGACCGGGUGGGCGCAUGUGAAUCUCAUUUCUCCAUAGCCAGGACCCAGAUAGCAAAAGGAGCCUGUUACCAGCAAGUGCGGCAAAAUUGGACUUUUCCACCAUCAGCAUCCCUCCUCUCGUCGCCUCAUCCCUGCUCCUCCUGUGGCAGAUCCCCCUACACCCCCAGCCCUCUCCCCUCUGUCUCCUUCUUCCGUGAAUAUCCCAGAAUAGCCUCGCACCCCUUAUCCCAGUGGAGUAUUUGGAAUUUCGGGGUGACUCGAGGGAAGUUGGAAGAUGGAUUAACAGGGACGGCGCAACGGCAAAACUGGAGCAGCACGCGCGACCACGCCGGGGGGGAAGGGGGCGAAGGGACUCGGUGAAUUCACGGAGCCCCCGUGACAGAGGCUGCGACUGGUCCCACCCCAAGAUGACAUCUCCCAAAACCAAAGCCAAGAAGAAACCACCCAAAGACAGCAUGACUCUGCUGCCAUGUUUUUAUUUUGUUGAGCUCCCCAUUGUCCUGUCCUCCUUGGUGUCCCUGUACUUCUUGGAGUUGACAGAUGUCCUUUCUCCGGCAAUGGUGGGCUUCCGUUGCUAUGACCGCGACCUUUCCAUGCCCUACGUAGAGACGGGAGAUGAGCUAAUCCCUCUGUUGAUGCUGCUGAGUUUGGCGUUUGCCGGUCCAGCGGCUUCUAUUAUGUUGGGGGAGGCGGUGAUGUACUGCAUGCAGUCCAAACUGAAGACCUGCCCCAAGUUGGAGGGCAGCAUAAACGCCGGAGGUUGCAGCUUCAACUCCUUCCUGCGCAGGACCGUGCGCUUUGUUGGUGUUCAUGUGUUUGGUCUCCUAGCAACAGCCCUGGUGACAGAUGUCAUCCAGUUGGCUACCGGUUACCACGCGCCUUUCUUCCUUACCGUGUGCCAGCCCAAUUACACGGCUCCGGGAGUGUCAUGUGACAACAACGCCUACAUCACACAGGACAUCUGCAUGGGGAAAGACCAAUAUGCAAUCAUGUCAGCAAGGAAAACCUUUCCAUCCCAGCACGCUACGCUGUCUGGCUUUGCAGCUGUAUAUAUCUCUAUGUACUUCAAUGCCAGCAUCAACAGCACGACUAAGCUGCUGAAGCCCCUGCUGGUGUUUGCUUUCUGCAUGGCUGCAGGCCUCGCUGGCCUGACUCAGAUAACGCAGCACCGCAGCCACCCGAUAGAUGUCUAUGUGGGGUACCUCAUAGGAACCGGCAUCGGAGUCUAUCUGGCUGUGUACGCUGUGGGAAAUUUUAAAGCAUCAGAAGAAGAUUCUCCCUCUUUGCGGCUGGCUUCGCAAAGAGGGAGGGAUCACAAGGAUGGACUUAGAGUGUUGAGCCAGCGGGGCCAUGAUUCCCUCUACAGGAAGACUCCCAGGGCGUCUGAGAGCAGGGAGGAGCUGGGGGCCGGGUUGGGGUCUGGUGCCCGCAGCAAGGUGAGGAGGGAGAAGGCGUCCCUGGCCUCCUUGAAACGAGCCAGCGCUGAUGUGGAGCUCCUGGCAACACGCGGUCCCAUGGGCAAGGAGACCAUGGUAACCUUCAGCAACACCUUACCCAGAGUCGCAAAUGGCAACAGCCCAAUCUCUCCCUCUGAUGAGCCAAUCAUCACACAGCGCCACAUGACCUUCCACGUGCCCUUUGAUUCUCAGAGAUCUCGGCAGCUGGUGUCAGAGUGGAAGCAGCGCUCGCUGGAGCUCCGCAGCCAGAGCUCGAGAGAUGAAGAUGAAGGAGAGGAUGAGAGGGACAGAGGAGGAGAAAGAGGAGCGGCUGCAGGGGAAGGAGAAAACAUGGGGAUGCCUUCAUCUCUUUAUCCCACAGUUCAGGCCAGCAACACCACCGCCACACCAGCUACAGCUAGGAUGGCUGUGGCACCCCCACUGGUUCACAUCCCAGAGGAGGCCUUGCGGCCGCCUCCUGUUUCCCCCAAGAGUGCCAAAACAAGGGCCAAAUGGUUGUCGCUUACAGAGGGAGGAGGUGUGAAAGAGCCUGGACCAGGACCGAUCGCGGUGUCGACUCCACGAGUUCCCAACACACAGCCCAGCCAGCCUCCAAGCCAGCAAAGAGUCACUCAGGUCAUAGCCAUGUCAAAGCAGCAGGGUUAUGGAGGAACCACUUCAUCGACCAAGACAUCAGAGGGCGGCUCCUCCUCAGGUGGUGGCUCCAACUGCUCCGAGUCACCGUACUACCGCAUCCCAUCUGAUCGAGACAGCUGCACCGGGAGCAACCCGGGGAGCAUCGCCGGCAGCGGGAGCAUCGUCACCAUCGACGCGCACGCCCCCCACCACCCGGUGGUGCGCGUGUCAGCCAGCAACGGCAAGCCAUGGGAGUGGAGGAACACCAUCAGUGGUAACAUGGUAACCGCCGACCCAUCAGGCGACAAGCAUCGAGUAGCGCUGCAGCGGCAGGACAAUGUUUGCCACUACCGGGAUUACCGGACACUGCCAGUAAAAACAGACUCGCUUGGCUCUUCCAUCACCAGCGGGAGUGUGGAGGUGGGGCCAGAGCUGCCCCCGCCACCCCUUCCCACUGCCUCCUCCCCUCUGCCUCCUCCACCUCAGCUGUCAUCCUCCCCACUUCCACCACCACCACCCCCUCACUCAUCCCCUUCCCCAUUACCUCGCCCUCCACACUCAAGCUGUACUCCCAUGCCUCCACCUCCUCCUCAUUCUAGCUCCCCUCAUAUGCCCCCACCCCCUCACCCAUCUUCCUCCCAAAUGCCCCCACCUCCUCACCCGUCCUCCUUACAAAUGCCCCCACCUCCUCACCAUUCUUCCUCACAAAUGCACCCCCCCCCUCCCCCUUCAUCAAACCAGAUGCCUCCACCUCCUCAACCAUCUUCCUCUCCACUGCCUCCUCCCCCUCUACCUUCCUCCUCCAUGCCUCUGCCCCCUCACCCAUCCCACUCCAGCAUGCUUCCCCCUCCCCCCCACCCUGACCUGCUGAUGGACAGCCACGGCCAGGCCCUGUCUCGCUCCUCCACCCUGCCUCGCCGGCCGUCUGUGUCUUCUCGCAGCCACGCCGAGCAAGAGCACUACUACAAGGCCAUGCAAAACGAAAGGAUGCUGUAGUUAAGGAGAGAUGGAAAAGACAAAAUCUCAAUAUUAGAGAUUGUACUUGAAAUAACAACUAAAAGAGACAGAAAAACAAACUAGGCUGCAACAGGUCAGUAGGGAUUUCCGACUUCUGAACACUGAGAAAAAGCUUUUGAGCGACUGAAGGGGCUGAGGACUAUUGGGAGGUCUUGCAGCUUAUAAAACUCUGCAGGGUAGCUGUUUUUCUCUUCUACUGCAUAUCCUGCCAUAGCGCCAACCAAGACUGAGACAAGUAAAGAGAAUGAAGGGAAGCAAGAUGGGGAGGUAAAAAUGAAACCCGUGCUUUGCCUCAGGUUUUUUAGCUUCUUCUGAGUUUCUUUAAGGACAUGUUUAAAGAAGGAGCUGAAGAGACAGCAGCUGAAAAAGAGAUAUCACACUGAAUAGUGUGGGAUUUGCUAAAUCAAAUACCCCAAGAGAGGAGACUGAGAAAAUAACCACAGGCAAUGCUUGCUCAUCUUAAACCAGAGCUUCCAUUUGAGGUUUCCUAUGAUCUAUUUUAUCCAGCUGAAACACUCUUGUUUUAAUGCACCAUACAGUAGAGAACAAGACAAAUUUUAUUGCAGGUUUAAGAGUAUUAGCCACAGCUCACAAAGGCAUGAAAAUCUUUAGCCAUCUAAAUGAAGAAACCAAAUGUAGGCUUUGUGUUUUUGAUGCCAAGCAGAUGCAUCGGUAUCCACCAGAGAUGGUCAACUUAGGAAGGCGAGGUGAGUAUAAGUAGGACCAUGCACUGCUGGGCAACCCUUAUACAGACGUCACUGAAUGGAUUGUCGAUGUGAACAUUAGAGGCAGUGAAAUGGAAAGAGAAUUGCUUCUAAAAUGAAGACUCCGGCCAGACCACGCAGCACAAAGGACCAUGCUCAUAGUGUGAAUUUUCUGUGAAUAAAGCCCAAUCUUAAAACCAUGGUUUAAGAUCGAAGCUGCAACAUGGCUUGGAAAUAAGCAUUUGUUUAUGAAUCCAUGCUAGCAUUCGCUUCCCAACUGCAUCCUGUUGAUGGCAUGUUGCCCAGCCGAUGAAGCAAACCCUCCCAUCCAGCAUAGAUGGGGGUUUGCAUCGCUCUAACUUCACAGAUCAACACUGAUAUAUUUUUCAGAGCAAUUUCUGUGUUGUCUGUUUGUGAAAUAUGUUUUAUAUGCAUCCAUGUCAUUGUAAAGAACAGGAUUUAUCCAGGGGAGCUCAGAUCUGUUCAUUCACAACUUUAUUAAAGCUAGACCAUCUGUUCCCAAUUGCUAUUUACCUUUUGUGGGUCAUGAGACAUUGUCACUCUUUCUGGCAAAUAAUUGUUCCAUCACUUCUAUUUUUGACAAGAAACGCAUUUUUUGUUCAAAUGCAGAAGCAUAAAAAUUUGAACAAUUCCUGACAAAGUUUGAUGGUGCCUGUCACUUGUUGCAUACUGCUGAAUAUCGUUUUACGUUGCUUGUUAAGUCCUUCCGUUUGAAUAAUUACACUUUAAAGAAAUGCCUAACACAGAUCAGCAUUGCUAUUUUCCUUAAGGAAUUUUGAACCAACUUUCUUAGUGAUCUAAAGCAACAAAGAGCAGAUAAAUGGUUAUUUUGAGCUUUCUUUUGAAGAUUUAACAUGAUAUAACUUUGUCACUAGUUGAAGUGAAUUUUAGAACAAGAUUUAUCAAGUUGUAUUUUGAUGAGUUGAUUCAUUUUGCAGCACAAAUUCAAUCAUUCUUGCUUCACUGGCUUAGUUACCUUGGUAAUCUACUUAGUCUACUGACAAAUUGAGGCUAUGACUAUGAGCAGUUUGUGUUAGCUUUAUUUUAAAGUAUAAAUAAAUAAUUUUUGUAUUGCUCGUUUAAGCCCAUUGAGAAUUUGAAUCGUCUUUUAGUUGCAAUUUCACGUUUAAAAGGAGAACUCUUAGAUUUGGUCUCCCUGGUUGCCAUUGUGAUUUCCUGCCUUUUAUGGGCAGCAGCACUUCACUUUCUCACAAAGAGACAGGCAAAAUCAUACAUGAUACCAGAGUCCAAACAGAUGCGCGCUGUAUGAAAACCAUAGGUGGUUAAGAAAUGUUUUUUAAAUUUUAAGACGCAGCAAGGUCUGGAGCUCAUUUAGGUGAUUGUCAUGAUUCUUCUUUAUUUUUUUGUAGAAGCUAUACCGAUGUAAAUAUGCCUGACAAAACCAGAUUUAACAAGAAGAAUCUCUCUUAAAUAACAAUAGUCAAUGGGGAAAACCCUGUGACCUGUCAGCACUCUGGAGAAAAAACUGUAAUUCCUAUAGCAAAGGCAGACUCAUUGUCUGAAAGUAGACAAAAUUUAAUAAUUAGAAUUUCACAAAGUAAGAGAGAUUACGUACCCAAAACAUCUAAUUUAAAUUAUAAAAAAAACAUAGAUUUUAAAAAGACAUCUUCACUUCUGAAAAGACAACUUACUUGUUUAGAAUUCUAAAAUUAAACAUUGUCUCUAAGUGGAGAAGCCUCAAACAUGGGAGAGUUUUGAUCAUUUUUCUUGAUCCCUCUCCAUUCAUGGCUGUGGCAGGCACAGCAAGCAAAUACUGGACAACCCCGUGCUACACUGAUUUAACUGCUCAGAUUGCUAGGCACAAUAGUUAUUUAGAUUAAAAACUAGGAUAACUAAAAUAACCAGUUAUAUUAUAUAUUUCCUGAAAAUAUUCAAAAUAUUUUAAGUUUCAACAUUUUUCAAACCUGAUGCAACAUGACCAUGAUGUUAGGCCUUCAAAGCACACACACAUUUAUAAUUUAAAAUAUGUGCAUUAAGAUCUAAACAAAAUUUAGAGUAAAAGCUAAAUAUUUAGCUCACCAAUUAUUUAUUUUUUGUUCAUGUGUUUUUUUUUAAAUAAAAAAACAAUCUUUUGUGUUCCUGACAACCCUUUAGUUUUAGCCAUUACGUCUUGCAAUGUACUGAAUUACAAGGAAAAAUAAAGUGAAUAUUUAUAAGGAUUACAUUGUUGCUCACACAAACUAAAGAGUCUAAUUGUGUCAUUGUAGGGAAUGGGAAAUUAUUUACGGUAAUUUAUUCAGUCAGUUGCAUAAUAAACAUACAGUUUGAACAAAUACAACGCCCUCCACAGUUAUUUGCAUCCUUGGUAAAGAUGUGUUACAAGCCUUAAAAACAUUCAGUUUUCAGAUUCAAAUCCUAAGUUUAAAUCACAUGUAUUUUUUUUUUAGAAUUGUUCCAACUGUAGAUUUACAUAUGUUUAGACAAGUAGUUAUUAUCCUCUAGACUUUCCCUAACUUUUGUGGAUCAUUGCAUAUACGCCUUAUUUGAAUGUCUUGUUCUCCCCCUUACCAAUUUUAAGGAGCGGUUAAGAGAACUGGGUCUCUGUGGCAUAUCAUAUUUCUAUUUUAGAGGAACGGGAAUUCCUGGAUAUGUAAUAAAAUGGCCCUGGACAUUCUUAUCAACUCCCAAAAGAACAGUAGGAAAUAAAAAAAGGAUUUAGUAACAUUUAUUUUAAAGGAAUUUUUGGGUGCCAAUUAUUGUGGCACUGGUAAUUUUGUUCCACCCCACCCCCACUGAAUAAAUGUGCUCGAAGUAAAUGUUGGCAUUUUCUAAACUUUUGCUUGUGAGAUUAUGCUACUGCAAUAAAAGAUUCAUUAUUUUAAGGCAUAUCUGUACCACGGAGUGCCAGUAAAUAUGACAGCUGGUGUGUAUGCCUAUAAGAAGGAAAGAUACCCCCUACACACCAUUUUGUGUAUUUAUAGCUUGUAUAGAGUUAUUCAGAUUUUUGUUUUCUGCCAGAAGAUAUUCCAUCUAAUCACAUGUGGUUCAUUUUGGCCUUAAUAUGUUUGUACCUUUUUAAAACACAGACUCAACCACAGGUGAAAUUGCUGUCCACCUGUGCACCCCAAUACCUCUGAGAUGCAUAGGCUGGUUUUGUAAAGUUGUUCUAGGACAAGGUUCUGUUAAAUGGAACAAGUUGUGAUUUUUAGAGGUGCUUCUCAGACGAGGAGCUGGUAGAUAAAGUUGCCCGUCACAUUGUGCUGCAUGUGUGUAAGAGUGUGUUUUUUUAACAUUAGUACUUAAACCUUUAUGAAAGAAUAAUCAUCUGGUAAAUAUGCUACAGCUUAGUCCCCAUUUUCACUGUAAAAUAUUUGAAAUUAUCUAACAUUAUUGAUACUGUUAUUAUUUAACAGUCCUCCUUCAUGGACUAAUGCUUUUUAUCUGUGGUGCUGUGUAAAAUUGAUAAUAUUGUUGAAUAAAAAGAAUUGUCUGUUUAA